AUGACUAAACCAAAGAGAGUGCGCACAGGCUGCUUGACGUGCCGGGAGAGACACCUGAAGUGUGACGAACAACUUCCCAACUGCAACAAUUGUCGCAAAUCUAGUCGUCAUUGCAAGAGAGGUGUUCGUCUGAACUUUAUAGAUACCACCGUGAGGGAUCCACCCUUGCUACCUAAGACGGCUGAUUGGAAAGUGUAUUUUCAAGAUGAAUCGAGGGACAUAGCCUCGGAAUAUAAAGGUGGCUUGGACCAAUAUGACCGCCGCUUCCCUCAAACCAACCCAGGCCCGCCGGCAAGACGACCUCAUAUUCGCCCCUCCGUAUCUUCGCAAAUUGUCCUGCCCGAAGAGGACACUUCGUGGCUGCAAAUUCCACGCCACGACCUCUUCGUCUCCAAACCGCUUCAUAUCAAGCCAGAGCCCCCGGAGUCCCGAAUAUCCAGCCAAGAUCUCCCAGCUGCUAGGAAUGCGCCGAAAACCUACUUGCCACCACCGAUAUCGUACUAUGACGUCGAUUCAAUUCCUUCUCCCUUGCGUGACUGGGAAAUGUCCUACCUCAAGUCAGCCGAAGAAGUGCUCCUAAUGCAGGUGUUUGUAGAGGAAGUAGGCAUAUGGAUGGAUAGUAUGGACUCAAUGAAGCAUUUUUCUAGACAACUACCAUUUCAGGCCCUAGGAGAGCCCAUGCUUCUCAACGCCUUCCUCGCCUGUGGUGCACGACACUUGACCCUAGUUAAUCCAAACUAUCACGAAGAUAAGGCGCUUUUAUACUACGAUACCGCUACUACCCAAUUACUACGAGCCCUGCAGAACCCUGAACGAGACACAAUGUGCUGCGCCACAACUGCAGUUAUCCUCAACGUCUAUGAAAUCAUGUCGGAUAGGGCCAUGCAACGUAUGAACCAUAUUGCCGGUGCACGUGCCCUAAUCAAAGAGUGCGGAUGGAACGCAAAGAGCACUGGUAUUGGAUCGGCAUGUUUCUGGUUAAACGUAGGAAUGGAACUGCUUAGCUGCCUCCACUUUAACUGGCAGAUUGCUUGGGAACCUGAUCAGUGGGGCGUUGACUUAAAUUUCCAGCGAGAUUUGGGUGUCGGUAAAGAGGAGGUCUGGGUGCAUCGUAUUCUCUACAUUAUCGGGAAAAUCGCGAAUUUUCGCGCUCUGGCUUCUGAAUCUCAACAUGAAACCCCUGACGAAGGUCAUUUGUCAGCCCAGGAAGAACAGAUCAGGGUGCAAGCUCGUCUGUCAGAAUGGAGAAAGCUAAAAAGCCUAUGUGAAUGUUGGAAUCAGAGCAUCCCGCGGACGAUGCAGCCAAUUGGAUACUUACAUCCGUCGCAGACUACCUCACUAUCUGCAUUCCCAGAAAUCUGGCUAAUAAAACGAGCGACAAUUGUCGGGCGCUUAUUCUAUCACACUGCCAUGAUACUCUUGGCCCAGGUUCACCCUCUCAAGUCUAGGCAAAACGAAGAGAUGAAAACGGUGCAAUUAGACCAUGCCCAUAUGAUCUGCGGGAUAACGGCACAUGUGAAAGAUAGAGGUGUUGCUAGCGUUGCAUUACGCUCUCUGGCUAUUGCUGCAGAAUGUCUCGUGAUACGCCGUGAGCAAGAAGAAAUCCUUGAAAUUUUCGAGAAAAUUAGAAAGGAAACGGGUUGGAAAGUUGGUUUUUUGUACAAAGAACUGCAUGCCAAGUGGGGUUUAGAAUCGGAAACACAGCAAUUAAGUAUCCCAAUUCCAAGUCUACGACAACAGCCUCCUUCAUCACUAAAUCAUUCACAGCCAGCACCUAUGCCUGCUCAACAGCAACGAACGACACUGAACGGUGGAAUUUUGAACCCUCUAUUAGCAAAAGCCGACUUUUCUCUCCCUAACCAUCCUUAUCAGCAGCACUACCAACCACCAAGUCAAAAUCAUCAAAGUAAUUCAUCCUCUCAAUCUUGCAUUUCGAAAAUUUAG